AUGAUUGGAGAUCAGGACAUGAAUAGAGUUUGCCGUUAUGAAAGUGGAAAAAAUAAAUCUUCUGACACAUUCUUUUUUCACUUUAUCACUCUCACUCUCUCUCUCUCUCUAACUUUAUCUCUCUCUCACCGACUUCCCCCUCUCUCUCACCGACUUCCCCCCCCUCUCUCUCACCGACCCCCCCCUCUCUCUCUCCGACUUCCCCCUCUCUCUCUCUCACCGACUUCCCCCUCUCUCUCUCUCACCGACUUCCCCCCUCUCCUCUCUCUUCCCCCCUCUCUCUCUCUGGCUUCCCCCCCAUCGUCUCUCUCUCUCUCUCUCUCUGACUUUUUACCUCAUCUCUCUCUCUCACUGACUUUUUACCCCGUCUAUCUCUCUCUCUCACUGACUUUUUACCCCCUCUCUCUCUCUCUCUCUCUCUUUUGCCCCGACUUUUUUGCCCAGUCUCUCUCUCUCUCUCUCUCACCGACUUUUUGCCCAGUCUCUCUCUCUCUCUCACCGACUUUUUGCCCAGUCUCUCUCUCUCUCUCACCGACUUUUUGCCCAGUCUCUCUCUCUCUCUCACCGACUUUUUGCCCAGUCUCUCUCUCUCUCUCUCACCGACUUUUUGCCCAGUCUCUCUCUCUCUCUCUCACUUUUUGCCCAGUCUCUCUCUCUCUCUCUCCCGACUUUUGCCCAGUCUCUCUCUCUCUCACCGACUUUUGCCCAGUCUCUCUCUCUCUCAGCCGACUUUUUGCCCAGUCUCUCUCUCUCUCUCUCUCUCACCUGUUUUUUGCCCAGUCUCUCUCUCUCUCUCUCUCUCACCCCUCACCGACUUUUUGCCCAGUCUCUCUCUCUCAUAGACUUUUUUGCCCAGUCUCUCUCUCUCUCUCUCCCGACUUUUUGCCCAGUCUCUCUCUCUCUCUCUCACUCCGACUUUUGCCCAGUCUCUCUCUCUCUCUCUCUCACCGACUUUUUGCCCAGUCUCUCUCUCUCUCUCUCACCCUCACCGACUUUUUGCCCAGUCUCUCUCUCACCGACUUUUUGUCCAGUCUCUCUCUCUCUCUUUUGACUUUCUGUCCAGUCUCUCUCUCUCUCUCACCGACUUUUUGUCCAGUCUCUCUCUCUCUCUCACCGAAUUUUUUGUCCAGUCUUUCUCUCUCUCUCUCCCUUUUUUUGUCCAGUCUCUCUCUCUCUCUCACCGACUUUUUGCCCAGUUUCUCUCUCUCUCUCACCGACUUUUUGCCCAGUUUCUCUCUCUCUCUCACCGACUUUUUGCCCAGUUUCUCUCUCUCUCUCACCGACUUUUUGCCCAGUCUCUCUCUCUCACCGACUUUUUGCCCAGUCUCUCUCUCUCACCGACUUUUUGCCCAGUCUGACUUUUUAUCUCUUUUUUCUCUCUCUCUCUCUCUCUUUCUCUCUCUGAGUGUUUACACUAUCCUUUCUGCGUUUUUCUGUUUUCUUCUUUCACUGACUUUUUCUCCGUUUCUGACUCUCCUUUUCUCUCUCUCUCUCUCUGACUCUCCUUUUCUCUCUCUCUUUCCGACUCUCCUAUUUCUCUCUUUUUUUCUCACUUUUUCACUCUUUUCUAUUCCAAACUCCCUGUGCCUUUUUCUCUAG